AUCAUCAACAACAUCUCUUGAGGUCCAAAACCUCCUCACCUUCAUUCCGAGUUAGUUUUCAACUUUUCAUAUUAUUCAUAAGAUAGAGAAUGGAAGGGGAUAUUAGUAUGAAGAAAAUAGUAGUGGCGGUGGAUGAGAGCGAAGAGAGCAUGCACGCACUUUCCUGGUGUCUCGGAAACCUUUCCUCUCAAAAAGCCACUGAUGCUACUGCUGCCGAUACCAGUCGUACUAGCCUUGUUCUUCUCUAUGUCAAACCACCACCUCCACUUCAUUCCUCUUAUGACGCUGCAGGAUACAUGUUUUCGAAGAACGAUGUUGUGGCGACAAUGGAGAAAUACGGGAAUGACAUGAUAAAUUCAGUGAUGCAACGAGCUGAAGCCGUCUACAGAAACUUCAAUGUCAGUGCCAAUGUAAAUAUCGAAAGAGUGGUUGGCAGCGGAGACCCGAAAGAUGUCAUAUGCAAUACUGUCGAGAAGCUUCGAGCUGAUACUUUGGUCAUGGGAUCCCAUGGUUAUGGUUUCUUCAAGAGGGCUCUUCUUGGAAGCGUGAGUGAUUAUUGUGCGAAACAUGUAGAGUGUCCGGUGGUGAUUGUCAAGCAUCCUGACCACAAAUAGUUUGUUCAUCCUUACCAAAAUGAGUUUCUUUGCUGAUUGAUCAAUCUUCAAAUCUGGUGUCUGCUAUAUAUGCUGGGAUUUAAAUUGUGUAAAUGCGAAACUUGUAUAUGCGAUUUAAUCAAGAUCAUCAAUUUACACUUUGAGAUCAUGACCA